GGCAUCUUUCUAAUAUUUCUCUUAGAAGUAAACAACACCCUGAAAAUUGAAUAAGAAGGGACGCACCCCUGUUCACCUUCGUGGAAUAGGGUCACCCUAACGGCGAAAAUGGCGAGCGUCAAAUUUGAGGAUCUUGCCCUGCAAUAUGUUCUCGCAGAUGAGAACGACCAGGAACGGGAAAUAUCAGAGAAGGCCGCUAAAGCCAUUGAAGAAGCUACAAAUACCCGAAUAGCCCUUGGUCAAUGGGUCGCUUCUAUAAAUCGUUGGAUUCAACCAAGCGAUGAUACUGCUGCCGAUGACAACAUUAUCGCACGGGCCAAAGCAUUAGAUUUCCUCGCAGCCACUCUUGGCGUUCUCAGAAAGAAGGAUGUUUCUUUUAAAGCCGAUCAGAUUAAGCUUCUGGUCACUUUCUUCGGCUCCCUCUUCUCAAGCGAUCACCGGGCUGGUGUCACUGCUUCCGCAAAGGCUUUAAGGCACCUAAUUCGCAUGAAAUCAUUCCAACCAAAUUUAGGAGAUGAUAUAAUUACAAGCGUCUGUAGACUAGGUGAAGACUUCAAAUUACAGACCCCUGCGACACGCCUAGAGCUUUAUGAUUUAUUUCUAGAGCUCCUCCAAGAUCCUGCCGUGGCCAACGACCUCGAAUACCGGCAUGGAAACACGUGCGGAUUUAUAACCAGCCUACUAGACCUAUGCAGUAACGAGAGAGAUCCCCAGAAUUUAAUGAAAUGGUUUCAGAUCCUAGGGAUAUUCCUCCAGAACUUUUCACCUUCGGAGGACGUUAUACUAGAAGUUUUCAAGACCUUUUCCGCCUAUUUCCCUAUUUCUCUACGAGCAACCGCAGCUCCAUCAGGCAUUACAUCUGAUGAUCUAAAAAGCGCUGUACGCUCGUGUUUCGCUUCUCAUCAUCGCGUCGCCAGCUACGCAAUACCCUAUCUCCUUAAUAAGCUUGACCAGGGUGAUGCAGUCACAGUUGCUGUCAAGGUUGAUAUUUUGCAAACAAUCAACGCUUGUGUGGUACAAUAUGAGCAUCCAAAGCAAAGUGUUGUGCCGUUCGUUGACCAAAUAUGGAGCUCGCUUAAAUAUGAAGUCCGAAAUGGCGAGAUCCCUGAUACUAUCAAGGCCACUUUGACAGUCAUACGGUCGAUAACUACUCGACUUGACGAUGAUGAACUUCGCUCGUUCUUAUCAAGUGCCUGGAGAGAUCUAGUCGAUGAUCUAUCCAAUCCCACUUACAUCGCCCAGGCUGGUCGAUUGUUAGUAGCAAUUGCCGGAGCUGGCUUCCAGUCAUUUUCGAUGAUCACAUCCCAGGCCAUUCCCAGCAUCCAGACCGCACUCAAACAGACCCAAUCUUCGAACCAUAAGCAGGAACUUAUCACACUAUUGAAUUCGAUCCUUGCUGUACGAUCACUUCUGGUCAACACUUUGAAGGACAAUACGAGUGUUGACAGGAGCACUGGCCUGUUGAAAGACGAUGUUUUUGGCGACUACCUCUUUUCUGCGGUUUAUCUUCCCCUUUGGGAUGAAGUCUCAGAUGGCAAAGAGUCUGUUGAACAAAUAGGCAUCCUAAAGAAGAUUAUGGAAGGAUUUGCGGUCCUGGUAGGGCAGCAAUCCAGUAACACCACUCCGUCUCAUCAAUUAUGUUCAGCCUCAACUUGCGAGAAGAUCUUUGGAUGGUUGGCAGGCCCGUCUAUCGUUAACCCCUUAGAAAGCAGACAAUUCAGCGAGGGGAUUACCGACGAAGACGCCAACCGAGAAAUCCGUGAUUCUGCGGUUGCGGCAUUGAAGGAGGCAGUGCCUUUGUAUCCUCCUUCAUUCCGGAUAUUACUGCAACAAUACCUUACGUCACUUACGAAAUCAUAUUGGCACCAUCUUGCCCCGCAUGACCUUCCUUUAGAGAUCAAACUUGUUGCUAGUACACUAUGCGACGUUGGUUGUUUAGGUCUACCAGGAAAACAGUUAUCGCUGUCAAAUGUGGUUUCAUUGAUCAACGUACUAUUAGAGGCACUAUUCUGGAUGGUAUCUAAACAAGCGCCACCGAAAUACUGGACACCGUUCAUCUGUUCCAUCCACCUAUGCAUUAUCCAGUCUUUGGAUUCACUGUCCAACCAAGCAGAUAAUUCUUCCAAAUUAAAGCCACAAGGAAUUACGAAGGACUGGUUCAUCGAAUUUACCAAGAAGAUUGUGGAUGCCGGAGCUCCUCAGCUUGAUUUGAACAAGGCGGAGGCAUCUGGUCUGGUAGCAUCCCUAGUAGGGCAAGAGACCGAAGGCUCUAACACUCGCAAGCAAUUAUUGGCAUACUCUGUCUUCGUUGUACGGCAGCUAUACCGACGCUUUACAUCCGUCCAUCAUGGGUCUGACAAGAGUACCGGUGACCAGCCGCCCAUAGCACUUGGAAAAGACUUUGGUGCUAGACAUGUUUCUAUCGCAGACGAAGAUGUCUGCAUUCACCAACUUGGUCUUUUGGCCACAUCUGUUGUACGAGCCUUGAAUGAAGAUGAACAGAAAGCCUUGGAAAUCGGCAAAGACGCUUUCACUCUCUUCAAUGAAUUUGGGGAGGAUGGUGUUGUUCCUGAAAGAGAUUUGUCCGCUAAACUUGCCGGAGUGAGCCUGUUGGACGAUCUUCGUACAGUACCGUUAUCAAUGGGUAUCCUACAAGGUCUCUACCCUGGCGUGAUAAGCCCGGAGCAUCACCUUUACGCCCUGAAAAACCUUUGCACUAUCUUGACAUCUACACCAGAGCCUUGUCUGGAUACGACGCGAGCUGCGUUAGAUAUAAGUCUUGCGAUCUUGUCGAACAAGCUUCGUAUUGAAGAUAAGGUCAAUAGCCAAGCGAAAGUACAAAUUCAGCAAACCUUGGUGGAUACCUUGACGAGCAUCUUGAACAAGGAGUCGAGAUCUAAACUGGAUGCAUCCACUGACAUCUGCACAUUCCGCAGCAUCCUCUACUUCUUGGCUGGCGACGUGGCUCGAUUCCGAAGCAGCCCCCCGGAGCAGAAUGUCUUACUUAAGAUGGUGUGUGAUAAAGUACCUUUAGAGCCUACCUUAGGCCGACAAUUAGCAAGCAAUUUUCAAGUCCUUGUCAGCCCGAAGGAGUGUUUAGAGAAGGCGAAUCACGCAAUCCAAAAAAGACUAAGUGGCGAAUGGUUGUAUUUCCAAGCCGUUCAGCCUUAUUUAAAGGAAUGCUUCCCUAAUUCUGGGCUGAACGAGACGGUUACUAUCAAUCGUGCCGUGGCCAUAUUUGCGGUACUGAAGCAUUUGAAAUACGAACAGUAUGCUAGUGACAUCGGCCAGAUUGUGCGGGUUGGCAUUCGCUCAUUAUCUACCUUCGACACGGGUAUCGAAAUGGAGUCCUGUCUCAGCGUCCUGCUACAGAUCCUUGAGAAGGAACCCAUCCAACUGAGGGAGCAUCUACCCGGCCUAAUCUCAGGUAUAAUUAUUGCCUACGAGACGGCGAAAAAGAAACCCAAAGCUACGGAGUCCGAGUGGUAUCCUACAGCAAAGGCGCAGGAGAAGGGACGUGUGUUAUGCCGAAAGUUCGCACUGGAGUUCUUUCAGAAGCUGCCUCGGACGUACGAGGCGCAAUAUCUCGUGCCCCAUAGACAGAAACUCCUACGCCCCUUGUCUACGGCCUGCGGAGAUUCGGUUAGGGAGAUUCGACGCACGGCACUAGCGGCUAGGAUAGCUUGGGAUGCACUAGCUUAGAACACUCUAGGUUGUGAUUCUGGAUUUUAUUAGGUUGCCAGAUAGGAUGUUGGAUGUGGUAAAGAUAAUCGCUCACGCGAGAGGUUAGGGGAUACGUUGAGGAAACUUGAGGAACACUUCAUGGGUCGCAUUUACCUAGCUAUGCGGACUUUAUGACUGCUUAGCAAAGAUAGGGGCACCGUUUAUGGACUAGAUGGUAGCU